AUGCCAUCAGCGACGCUGCAACAGCCACCUUCCAUUCCAAAGUGGGGACGGCCCAAGCGAACAACGAAGAAGCUAGACUGGGCAGAGAUCAAGGUCAUUGAUCUAUCUACGUAUGACGAACCUAAUGGAAAACAAAAACUGGCUGAAGAGCUGAGAGACGCAGUGCACCACACGGGCUUCUUCAGCGUUACUGGCACUGGUCUAACGCAGGAAGAGGUCGAGCGUCAAUAUGAUAUCGGUCAAGCUUAUUUCGACUUGCCGUUAGAAGAGAAGGGCGACCCAAAGUACCGAUGUGAUUUCGCAAAGGGCAACUACUUUGGAUACCGCGCUGCCAACGAGAAGAAAAUCAUGGGCACCGCGGUCCUCGAUAACGUUGAAUCCCUCAACAUACCCAAAUUCAUCCCUUCAAACUCCCACGAGCCAUUUCCACACUUCCUCCACCCCUUUCGCCCAGAGAUCGAGUCCUUCUCGCGCCGCUCUCUGGACAUAGCAUCCAAGAUCUUCACGCUCUUCUCUUUGAUCCUGGAACUACCCGAGACCUACUUCUCAGAUCAACAUCGCUAUGACGACGCAUCAGAAGACCAUCUACGCUACAUGAUCUACCACCCACGCCCCGCUACCGACGAUGCCAAAGUUCAGAAUACUUGGUCUCGCGCGCACACUGAUUUCGGAAGCUUGACACUACUCUGGAGUCAAGAUGUUGCAGGUCUCCAACUCAAAACUCCGGCUGGAGAGUGGAAGUACGUUCCACCUGUUCCCAACGGCAUCAUAUGUAAUGUUGGUGAUACUUUGUCCUUCUGGUCUGCAGGCUACUUCAAAUCGACUAUCCACAGAGUAAUCAGACCACCAGAGGAUCAAGCGCAUAUUCAUCGGCUGGGGCUGUUCUACUUUGUCAGACCGGGAAAUGAGGUCGAUAUCAAGCCUGUGGCAUCACCUUUGUUGAGAAGGUUGGGGCUUGUCGGCGAAGAUGCCGAAGAAAGGGAGCCAGUGAGGGGUCUGGAGUAUGUUAGGGAAAGAGUGAAGGAUUAUCAUGACCAUGGGGACUAUGCGGACAAGAAAGGCAAGAAGUUCAAAGUGGGAAACUUGGAAAUCGAAGACGAGGCGGCAUAG